AUGCCUGUGACGUCUUUCCAAGUCAACUGCACCCUUCCCCCGACAGAGGUCAACUACGUUUCAAGUGCAAAUGUACGCGGGACACUGAACAUCCUAUGGAGCUCUCUGAGUAUUAUCGCGUUAUGUACAUGGUCUAUCCAGCACCUCAAUGUCCCCAUUCAAUCGCGACCGCAAACCAAACGCCAAAAAAUUGGCCAAAAGGUACUUCACUUCGAGCGUAAAGUGAGAUGGAUGCUUAUCAAUGCGAUAAUCCCCGAAAUCGCUCUUGCGAAGGCCGCAUCAGACCUUGCUGCGGCGAAGUCAGUUACUCCUGAAUUCACAAGUUUGGCCGAGCGGGAUCGUGUCGACUGGACGCUAGCACACUCAUUUUUUGCCGACAUGGGUGGGUUUGCUAUUCGAUUCCCGGACAACAGUCAAAAAACAGAAGAAGAGUGGAAAGAGGAGAAUGACAAAGAAGGAGAAGCAGCAGCAGUAGGUGAUGAACUUGUGAACGUCCGAAAUCGUUUUCAUAGUCAUCACAACCGUUCAGACGAGGAAAAUCAAUUGCAACAGACUGUAUCAAUAAACUCAUCAAUGGUCGGGCAUAUUUCCCUCCAAAAACUCAGUGGGGAAAAGAACCUAACCACAUCACACAAAAAUAGUGGACUGAGUGAUAGCGACAAUUCCCAUAUUGAUGGAGAAGCUGGCCAGGCGGAAGCAAAGACGGAAUCGAACAAUGACCAGAAAUCCGAAUAUCAGCACAUCAAAAUCAGGUACACGAGCUCGGGAGUUGCAGUUAACGUCACCAACAUGCCAGAACAUCUUCAAUAUCUGGUUUUCGAUAAAAUGUCUGGGGUUGGGGCAGGCUUAGAUGCAUAUGAAAGUCUCAUAAAGGGUUUGCAACCGUGGAUAGGCCAGGUCGACUGGAAUAUUGACUGCGAAAAUCGCAAGACCGUCAUAAGUGCACUGGAAAGUGUGACAUCGGUCACCUUUGAACACCACAAAAUAGGUUGGUUUUACAAUGUUUUACCAUUGCAGGGAAACGUCUGGGUACCAGAUGCCUCGCAGCUCCUUUUGGCGAGGAAACAAGGCAUCAUUGAUUCGCUUCCAUCUUUGCCAACAGAACGUCUUGAUGACUUGAGCAAGGCUGGUACUCUACUCAAGCUGAUAACGCUGGCUCAGAUUGUAUGGCUCAUCGUCCAAUUGAUUGUGCGAAAGACAGAAAACCUGACGACAAUGCCGUUGGAGAUUUCCGUUCUGGCCUUUGCUGCUAUAUCCUUGGUGACCUACGUGACACUUUGGAACAAACCACAAGAUAUCCAGACAUGUUUCUACACUACGGCAGUGAGACGCCCUUCCCAAGCAGAGGUGGACAGUAUCGGACUCCUUGGGCCGAGAGCCAUAGGCCUGACGCGUUCCCAUCCCUGGAUACCGAGCAACUGCUUCGAAAUGAAAAGCCAUGCAGGUCGCAUGUUCAUGGCUGGCUUGAUCACAGCGGCAAUUACCUUCGGCGGGCUACACUGCCUUGCUUGGAAUUCUCACUUUCCAACCCCCAUAGAGCGCCUGCUAUGGCGAAUUUCCAGCAUAUAUAUCACCGUAUCCAUCUUUUUUAGCACUUCAAUUGGCGCCCUUUUGGUUGGACUUCGGAGGAUUUCCAAGCGCUUUGGUGAAUUAGGGUCCGGAGCUAUCUUCAGCGCACACGAAGUCAUCUAUAGUAGCUUUUUAUUCUUGACCAUGCUCGGAUAUAUCCUUUGUCGGCUUUUCAUGACUGUGGAGAUCUUUCGAUCUCUUUUCUUAUCGCCUCCAGAUGCCUUUAUAGACACGAACUGGCCGAGUUUUUUACCUCAUUUGACAUGA